GACGACGGAGGCGCGCGCGCAACAGCCUCUCCACGCCUUCGCCGGCGGCGCUUUGCUGGGACGGCCGGGGGAAGUCGCUGCCGCUCGCUCAAGUCCGCUGAGGGGACGAGGACCCUCCGCUUCCUCAGGGGCAGGCGCAGGUGCGGGGCCCGAAGCCCCUUCAAGAGGAGAGCCGCUGCGUCUUCAUCUCCUUCGAGCGCCCUCCCUCCGCUCCCGGCUCCUUUACGAGGCUGCCCGGGCGCCUCGGGUGACUGGCUCCUCCCCGCUCCCUUGGCCGGGCGGAGGCGGGCGGCGUGCGCUUGUUUGUCCGCCUGUUUCGACUCCCGAAAAAAGACUUUCCAAUCCGCGCGCCGCCGUUGUUUUUUGCCCCGGCCGCCGAGCUCAUGUUUCCCUCUUGGGCGACGGCAGUGGCGGCCGGUCUGGUCUCCUUGCACUUCCUCCAGAAGCUCUUCUUCCCCUACUUCUGGGCCGACCUGAAGUACUUGCUGAAAGUGGCGCGCUAUGGCUUGAGGGUCGAGGUCUACAGGCUGCGCGGCAGCGUUUCCACCGUGCUGGAGCGCUUCGGGGCGCUGGCCCGCCGGCAGCCCGACAAGCCCUUCCUCAUCUACGAGGAGCAGGUGCACACCUACCGGGAGGUGGACCGGAGGAGCAACCGGGUGGCGCGGCUCUUCCUCGAGGAAGGGGCGCUGGCCAGGGGCGGCACCGUGGCUCUGCUCAUGAGCAACGAGCCCGACUUCAUCCACGCCUGGUUUGGGCUGGCCAAGCUGGGCUGCGUGGUGGCUUUCCUCAACUGCAACGUCCGCGCCAGGUCCCUCCUGCACUGCAUCGCCAGCUGCGCGCCCAAGAUGCUGGUGGUGGGAGCAGAUAUGCUUGGAACCUUAGAGGAAAUUCUUCCUAGCCUCCAAGAAGAUAUCAGGAUUUGGGUGAUGGCGAAAGAAUCCACAUUGCCACAUGUUGAUACCAUUUUGGACAAGCUGGAAGUUGCCUCUGAUGAUCCUGUACCUGCUAAUCUCUGUGUUGCUAAUAACUUGAAGGAUCCUCACCUCUACAUUUUUACCUCUGGAACAACAGGUUUACCAAAGGCUGCAAUUAUCAGUCAUCUGCAAGUUCUAAAAGGAGCUGCUGGAUUAUGGGCAUUUGGUGCUACUCCUGAUGACAUAAUUUAUAUUACUCUCCCUCUUUACCACAGUGCAGCCGCUCUACUUGGCAUAGGUGGAUGCAUUGAACUGGGUGCGACAUGUGUUUUAAGAAAGAAGUUUUCAGCUAGCCAGUUCUGGACUGAUUGCAAAAAGUACAAUAUUACAGUUAUUCAAUACAUUGGGGAACUGUGUCGUUACCUUUGCAAGCAGCCUGUGAAAGAGGGAGAAAGGAAUCACAAAGUUCGCCUAGCAGUUGGGAACGGAGUAAGAACAGAUAUCUGGAAGGAAUUCUUACACCGAUUUGGUGACAUCAAGAUAUGUGAAUUUUAUGGUGCAACGGAAGGAAACAUUUGCUUCAUGAAUCACACGGGCAAAAUUGGAUCUGUGGGUCGAACUAAUUUCUUUUAUAAGCUCUUUUUCCCUUUCGACUUAAUCAAGUAUGAUUUGCAAAAAGGAGAGCCAAUCAGAAACAAACAUGGAUGGUGUGAAAGAGUCAAGAAAGGUGAGCCUGGCCUCUUAAUAUCCAAAGUACACACAAAGAAUCCAUUCUUUGGCUAUGCUGGAAAUAAGAGAGACACAGAAAAGAAAUUACUUUGUGGCGUGUUUAAGAAGGAAGAUUUUUAUUUCAAUACAGGGGACCUGAUAUUUCAAGAUCAAGAUAACUUUCUUUAUUUUUGGGACAGGACAGGAGAUACAUUCAGAUGGAAAGGGGAAAACGUUGCCACUACCGAGAUUUCUGAUGUCAUCGGUAUGUUGGAUUUCAUACAGGAAGCCAACGUGUAUGGGGUUUCUGUACAAGGUUAUGAAGGAAAAGCAGGAAUGGCCUCUGUCAUCUUAAAGCCUAAUAAGUCUUUAGAUCUGGAACAACUUUAUCAACAUGUGGUGAUGUAUCUGCCCAGCUAUGCCUGUCCACUCUUUAUAAGACUCCAGGAAGUAAUGGAAGUCACAGGAACUUUCAAGCAACAAAAAUUUCAGUUGGUCCAGGAAGGAUUUAAUCCAUCUGAAAUCAGUGACCCACUAUAUUUUUUGGACAGUUGUAAGAAGUCUUACGUUUUAUUAACUAAAGAACUGCACGAUAGAAUCUUAUCUGGACAAGUGAAACUUUAGUGUUUAUUAAUAAGGAUUUUACAAGCUACUGCACAAGACAAGACAAAACUUUAAACAUGUUUGUCAGCUAUAUUCUGUAUGGUCUCCUGGUGAAGAGAUGUACGCUGUUGAAUUUUACAGUAAAUAUUAGGGAGGGAUUAUGCUUUAUUAAUCUUUCUCUGUUUUGACCAUCAGUGCAUACUAAUCUACCUCUUAUAGUGCAAUCCUAGGCAUGUCUACUCAGAAGUAAGUCCUAUCGAAUUCAGUAAGAUUUACUCCAAGGCUAGCCUUAGACUAUCAUUGGUUCAGUAUUUUAGAGUUUUCAUAUAAAUAUCUCCUAAUUAAAUGUUGUUUAUGAUCAACAUAAACAAAUGACAUUGAGAGAAUAACAAAGCUACAGUGAAAUUAUCUUUCGCUGUCUUACGCUGCAUAUUUUAUAGUAUAAUCUUCCUCUGCUGGACAAAAACUGGUCACUAUUAGCAGUAGAUGGCCGUUGUUCCUAAUGGUCACCUCCUAACUACACAGGGAUACCUCUUUUUAUUGCACAGUGCUUUAUUGUGCUUUGCAGACAUUUAUCAUUGUGAGGAUGUCGGUGCAGCAGUAAGAAGCCCAGCCAGGGAAAGGAGGCCUCCUUACUACUGCCUCUCUUCUCGAGAAUGGAGCUGGCCAGGGCUGGAGCCAGGUUUUUCCCCUCCCGCCCCUGCAGCCAGGGAGUCUUUGCUUAAUAGUGUAAACAUAACACUCAUAUGCACUGAGAAACAAAAUAAAAGUUAAGUUGUGGGUGAACAUAGCAGACGACACAGCGGUUCUUCAAACAGCUCUUGUUUAUUCACAGGCUAGAACAGAACUGAACUGAAGGGUUCAGCCAGCCUGCUUAUAUAGAGCUCCACUAGAACACAACAGUAACCAUUUUCUGUAACUAUCCAAUCACUGAAUGUCACUUUUGAUCCCUUAUUUGCAUAUGUGGACCUGAACUAUCUACAGUAUCCCCCUGCUGGCCCAGGGUGAGAACUUCAGUACAUAACAGUGUGACUCCCUUUUUUUGCAAUAUUCACUUUAUUGCAGUGGUCUGGAACGGAACUUACCAUAUAUCCAAGUUAUGCCUAUAAACAUUUAUUUUUUAAAAACAGUUGAAAAGAGAGAAUCGUGCCACAGUUUUGAUUUGUUAACUCUGCAAAAACCAUACCUCUGUGAUAAUUAGUGCUGCAAUUCUGUACACCUGGGGCCAAUCCACUACUGAAUACAGUGGGACAUUCUUCCGAGUAGACAUAUUCAGUAUUGUGCUAUUACUUCUGACACGCAGGACUGCAACAUUAUUUAUUUUACUGAAACAGAAAUUAUUCACAUCCUCCUUAUUUUAAUGUUUUCUGAUCUUAAUGGCCACUGAACCACAGUAGUAUUCUUUGUUUAAAAACUUAGUACCAGCUUGUAGUCCCUCUCUGCACAGAACUCUUCUGAAUGCUUUUAUUUCAAAAACUGAAUAAAUUAAAUUUGCAGUCCUGUACGUACUUACCUCAGACUAGACACACAUAGGAUUGUGCUGUUAGUGUUCUGUUUUUGAGCAUGAAACAAAGAUAACACAUUGAUUUCUGUUCCUAUGCAAAUAUACGGGAAGAAUACCUUUGUCUGCAAUAAUACGAGAAGGUUGUGCAGAUGUCUUUUGCACACUGGGUACCUGUAUCUUGCACAUUAGGAAUUUCCUAUCAUAUACAUGUAGUAAAACAAAAACUUUUUUACAUGUACGCAACAGGCGUUUUUGUUCGUUCAUUAAAAAAACCAAAACCCUUCCCCCUAAGAGAAUUGCCAUUUGUAAAGCAGCCCUCGCUUGAAGGUGUUCCUAGUUGUAAAGCAAUACUUCUUAUUUAUUUUAAUACAUUUUUAAGUCCCAUUCUUCUGUGCCAGACUCAUGGCAGUGCACAAUGAAUGAUUGAAAAAUUUCUUCACUUUGCAUCAUGACACUCCACCUGGCACACAGUCCCAUUCUUGUAGAAACUAGCUAUCUGAUCCACUUUUUGUACCUUUAAAUUUCUAUUGCCCUAGAAACUAGGGCAGGGGUCAGUAACCUUUUUCAGCCGUGGGCCGGUCCACAGUCCCUCAGACUAUGUCUGAGUUGUGGGUGAACAUAUCAGACGACACAGUGAUUCUUCAAACAGCUCUUGUUUAUUCACAGGCCAGGACAGAACUGAACUGAAGGGUUCAGUCAGCCUCCUUAUAUAGAGCUCCAGUACAAUGUAACUGUAACAAUUUUCUAAAACUACCCAAUCACUGAAUGUCACUUUCGAUUCCUUAUUUGCAUAACUAUCUACAGUAUCCCCCUGCUGGCCCAGGGUGAGAACUUCAGUACAUAACAAUGUGGUAGGCCGGACUAUAUUUUUUGGGGGGAAAUGAACGAAUUCCUAUGCCCCACAAAUAACCCAGAGAUGCAUUUUACAUAAAAGCACACAUUCUACUCAUGUAAAAACACCAGGCAGGCCCCACAAAUAACCCAGAGAUGCAUUUUAAAUAAAAGGACACAUUCUACUCAUGUAAAAACACACUGAUUCCCAGACCCUCUGGGGGCCGGAUUGAGAAGGUGAUUGGGCCGCAUCUGACCCCCGGGUCUUAGGUUGCCUACCCCUGAACUAGGGCAUGGAUCCAAAGGAUUUCUGUGUGAGUAAAGAGGCUCUUCUGCCCACGCAGCCUCACUUUCUUGCUGUUCGCCAUCCCCACCUGCCAUAUGCCAUUCUGUUUUGGUUGUUUCCCCCCAGUCCUCAGAAGCAGAGAUUCAGAGGAUAGAGAGGGUUUAAGAGGAAAGGGGCUGCUGGGAACGUCUAGCUUCAUUCACAGAAUGAAAAUUAGGAUCUACGCCAAAAUCCCUGAGUGCAGCAUAGAACUAGCAAUCACAGACAGUAAGAAGACACCCGUGCACAAACUUCAGCACCUUUUAAAAAGAAGUAUACUGCAUUUCCCUUCCUACCAUUCUACAAUGAUUGCUUUGUAAGCUCUUCAGAGCAUGAGAGGCAAUAUAAACGCCUCGUACCCUUGGCCCUGUGCUGUUGAGUCAGAAGUGCCCAUUAACUCCUUGUAAGUGAUGAACAAUGGAUCUCUGAGAUCUUAACUAAAAUACCAAUUCUGUAAAUGCUGUUUUUCUUGACUUUAUUAAAAGCAAGUUCCUUUCUCAUUUUACACACACAUUAACUGGUGUUUUUUUAAUAAACAAUAAAGGUAGAACAUAAAGGAGUGGGAGCAUAGCUCAGUUGUAGAGGUUGGUUUUUUUAAAUAAAAAAUAAAGGUAGAACAUAAAGGAGUGGGAGCAUAGCUCAGUUGUAGAAUAGAUGUUUUUCAGGCAGGAGGCCUGGUGUUUAUUCCCUGGCACCUCUGGUUAAAAGGAUGAUGUUCCCUGCUCUCUGCUUGAGAAAGGAUGCUGUUGGUCGGAGUAGGUGGUAUGGGACGAAGAUGGACAAAUGGUCCAGCUUGAUAUGAGGCUUCCUGUGUUCCUGUGAUUUUUUUUUAUUGUACAAAAUGUAUUAAUAAGCUGCUUUAAUAAAUAAUAAAGGACAGAAUUUUUAAAACGUAA